GCCUCAUUGGCCGGACAAGUACAGGUUAGGCUUACCUGAGCCCGCCUCCUGUUUACAUCCGUGCCAUUUCUGCCGCUGUGAGUCAUGCGGCACGGCUGCGCAUCGCUGAGACGGAGGAGGUGGAUGUGCUUCCUUCAGAUCCCUGCAGUAGGUGCAGAAAACCAGCCGUCGUAAAUCCCAUACACAUUGCAUGCAUGGAACGCACGGCACGGCUGUCACCUUACUUUGCGCACAAUAAUGUGACGGCCCGCAUCCUUUAUGACUUUGACAACGUAGGCACCCGUUUGAAAUCAUCCAAAAGGGUUCGCGUUAAAAAAAAAAAAAAGUGGAAUGAUUGGUCUCGGACGGUCCCUGCCGACCGAUGUUGGUAGAGGUGAUCACGCGGAAAGGACACUGCCAAUCGGCCUUAACCUCUCCAAGGAGAACCUCUGCAGAUAACAAGGCCAGAUCGCGAGCGUAUCUUCUGGUCCCAGACAUCCAGCUGUGCACAGGUGUGCCCUCGGCUCCUCUGAAGGACCAGUCCGCUUUGCAGUUAAGGCUUUGGCGACUGAUGGCUUCAGAUUCCUAGACUCUUACUCUGCCUGGAGCUCAACUUUCACCCCAUACCCAGUCCAUAAAACGGUUGUUUUAUUUGAAAAAUACCUCAGUAAAGGACUCUGCAGCUGACAGAGAGUGACUACACACAUGAAAAGAUGCUGUCCAGUCAAAACAACCUGCCGAGACACAGUGAAAUCAUAACAGGAAAACAUGUUUUUCACCGACAGCACGGGAUUGUUUCACAGUAUCAGUGGAAACAAGACACACACCCACCUGGCUGCUUCCCUCCCUGCCACACUCCUCGACCCCUCCCACUCAGUAAACUGUAUAAAUGUCCUACUCUCACCCAUGCUGGGGUUCCGACACUGACCUCCACCGACCACAGAUACUCAGGCGGAAAAGGACAAAUAUAUAUAUAUUAUAUAUAUAUAUAUCUCAAGUAGUGGCACUUGACCGACCAAAGGAGUUGUACCGCUGCUAAAACCAGAAGACCGUCAACUCAGUCUGAGCCUCCAGGAUGUGGCUCCAGGUGUCUCUCCUGUGUCUGUCCUGCUUAACUCUGCCCGGCCAGAGCCAGGGCCAAGACCGAGCCUCCCUCCGCCGCUCCAAUGACCACGCAGGGCUCUGCCACUACACUUUCACCGUGGCCAGUCCGGAGGAGUCCGCCUGCUCCGGAACCGGCAUGAAACCGGAGAUGGACGGAGUGUCGUCCCGACUCACCGUGCUGGAGGCUUUGGUCAGCCGCCUGAUAGCAGGAGCGGAUGCGGGCCCCAGGGCCAGCGGGGAGGACGGAAUCCAGGGAGCCUACUCGCAGGUGACGAGGGAAAGAAAUCAGCUGGAGCAGGACAAGGAGCGUCUGAACGGGCAGGUCCAGGAGCUGCAGAGGCGGCUGGCCGAGCUGAGUCAGGAGGCAGAAAGCCUCAGGCAGAGACCGUGCCAGCAGACACACAGCUCAGGGGGACCUCAGAGGGACAACAGACCAGCCAGUGACCCAGCAUUAAACCUUGGGAAUGGUGCUUACCAGGAGAUGAAGGCUGAGGUUAAAGAGGUUCUGGCAUCCGUCCUCAUUCCCGAGGAAAAUCACAACUUCACAGGCUGCGGAGAGCUGCAGUCCGUGGGAGAUCCGGUGUUGCACAGGAAGGCUGACAGCAUUACAGGGAAGUACGGAGUGUGGCUGCAGGACCCCGAGCCUCAGGGCGCUCAGUACAGCAACGAGACCGUGUGGCGCAUCGACGCCGUCGGUAAAGAUGUCCGUCAGCUCUUUGCAUAUGAAGACAUGGAUCAGUUGUCCCAAGGCUUCCCUAUGAAGGUUCUGGUGCUGCCAGAGCCUAUGGAGAGCACGGGGGGCACCAUGUACCGCGGCUCCCUCUACUACCAGCGCAAACGCAGCCGCACCCUGAUCCGUUACGACCUGACCUCUGAGAGCCUGGCGUCGCGCCGAGAGCUGCCUCACGCGGGCUUCCACGGCCAGCACCCUUACUCCUGGGGCGGCUACACUGACAUCGACCUGGCGGCGGACGAGCAGGGCCUGUGGGCCAUCUACAGCACCAGCAAGGCAAAGGGCGCCAUCGUGAUUUCCCAGCUGGAUCCCGAGAGCCUGGAGGUGAGGAAGAGCUGGGAGACCAACAUCAGGAAGAACACGGUGGCCAACGCUUUCAUGGUGUGUGGACGCCUGUACACGGUGGCCAGCUACACCGCGGCAAACUCCACCGUCAACUACGUGUUUGACACCGCCACCGGCGCCGGGCGAGCCGUCGCCGUGCCCUUCAAGAACAAGUAUCGUUACAACAGCAUGGUGGACUACAACCACGCCCAGAGGAAGCUGUUCGCUUGGGACAACUUCCACAUGGUCACCUAUGACAUCAGACUGGGAAGGGCCAACAACGGCCGCAGCUAAAGAGAGAAACGGGCCGGAGAGCGGGUGAAUGGGAUAAAACAUGUAAUCAUUUGCAUUGUUCUGAGGUCAUCCCAAAGCUUUUUGCAUCAUUAAAAUCUAUUUUUUCUAUUAUGAUUGUAAAUAAGAUACGGCAACAGAAAUGUAAUCAUGAAGCAGAUUAAUGUGGGUGGGGCCCAUAUUGGUCGUUAUUAAAAACAGUAAUUGUGGUUUGAAAUUAUUUUUUUUGCGAAAUAUUCUAUCUGUUUAUAAAGGUUGACAGUAUUUAAGUCUCAAUAAAAAAAGAAAAAUUACACACUUUCUUGUCUGUGUCAUACUUUUACCAUAUAGUUUUUAUAAUAUUCAAGGCCCCACUUCUCAUUAGUGGUUGGAAGAAAGUCAUUACAUUUCUAGUACAAAAUCAGAGAGACAGUUCAGAGAGUAACACUAUACAGUAUCUUUAGUAAAAAACAGUGGAGCUAUCAGCACAUCGUUAACUAGCGUUGACAGUUCAACAUUCCAUAUAUACAUAGUACCUUAUAGUACUUCAAAAGCAGCAUGUGCCCAUGUUCUCAUUUGCAACCAUAUUCCUUGUGUCCACUGCCCUCUGUGGAGAACAGUUUGCAUCUGCAAGCUGCAUGGCCCACACACCCGACCAGCUCUGAUGAGUUAGAGUUCAUCCUAUUCAAUCAUGCUCCUGCCUAAACAUGAUGCAAAGUGUGAAGGCAAAACUACAGAGGGAAUAAGAGGGGAACCUUUCCCCUAUAGCAUGUUGGCAGUAGCCAAGCCACAUGUGUCAGUGUCUGACGAGC